AUGCUCAACUCGGCGACGAUCGACAUCGACACGACACCACUCGGCGGUGAUGAGUACGACGAGGCCGCGAUGGACUACGAGAUGAGGCCCGAGUCCGACGAGGAGGAAGCCGCAGAAGGGUGCGAGGAGGAAGCUGCGGAGGAGAUCACUCAAGAGGAAGAUGCCGAUGUGUUGAUCAACCCCGCCCCUGCCCCGAAGAAGGUCUCGAUCUGCACGGCCAACUACAGCGAGGUGGAAGACACAUCUCUGAUUAGGGCGUGGGAGUCGGUGUCAAUCGAUGCCGUGACCGGCACCGAUCAGACCGGCAAGCGGUACUGGCACAAGAUUGAGGAUGCGUUCUUCCAGAACAUGCCGCCCAAUGCAUUGACGGCAUCGCGCACCUACCGAUCUUUGCAAGGUCGAUGGGACGCCAUCGAGAACACGGUGAGCCGUUGGAGUGACUGCCUGGAGCAAGUGAGGAAUGCUCCUCCAAGCGGCACCGACGUCGAUGAUUGGGAUGCCAUUGCAAUGGAGAGGUACAAGCAGAUGCCGGCAUCAAAAGGAAAGGCGUUCUCGCUACACCAUUGCUGGAAGCUGCUCGAGCAUAGCGAGAAGUGGAAGCUGCGGGACAAGGAAGCACCACCGGCGAGGGGAGACCUUGAGCGAUUGGAUGAUGACGAGGAUGAUGUGAUCGCAACUAAGAGAAACUCGGGGAGGCCGGAUGGAAACAAGAGGGCUAAAGACAAGUUGAGGAAGGAAGCCGAGGCCGCCGGUUUGAGAGACAAGAUCGAAGAGAUGCUGAGGUCCAAGGAGCUGCUCGUGAACAAUUCCUUGGCGGAGAAGAGGGCUAUAGCCGAGAUGAAGAGCCAAGAGAAGCAAGCCAAGUGGGAUAUCCUUCGACAAGAUGAGAUGCGUAAGACAUCCGUGGAGGAGAAGAGGGCUAUGGCCGAGGAGAAUCGUGCCAUGGCCGAGCUCAUCGCACAGGAGAACAAAGUGAUGAUGAUGGAUCCAUCCACCAUGGAUGCCUUCACCAAGGAAUGGUGGGACUUGUCAAGGAUGGAGAUCUUGGCAAGAAGGAGAGCAGCGGCGGUGGCUCGAGCUGCUUGGGAGGAGGCGGCGUCGACGGCGGCAGCUGCAACGGCGAAUGGUGGUGAUGGUGGCGUCAACAACUUGCUGUCGGCUUGA